AUUUGAGAUGACAUAGAAGAUAUAUGAAGCAAAAAAAGAGAUGGAAGCGAUGGAUAAAAAGUUGUUAGAAGCGAAAGAGGAAGCAAAAGAGAAUAACGAAGUGAUGGAGAGAAAAUUAUCGGAAGCAAAAAUGGAUAUGGAAGAAAUUAUAGUGGAUAAAGUGAAGGAAGGAAUACAAGCAUAUGUAGAGUCUUUAGGAAUUAAUAUUGAUGCAAAUUUAAAAUCAGAGCAGGUUCCUGAUAACCCACUUGAAGAUUGUCAACAACCAUCAUCACUUGUUCCAAGUAUUCACACAAGAAAGGCUAACAUGAUCAAGAAGACUGGAACUACCGUAGUUGGCACAAAUAAACAGAAGUGGGUAUGUUUGAAAAAACUACAAGAUCUUUCUUUUCUUUCAAAAGGAGGAAAAUUUCAUGUAUAUAAUUACUGCGUUUGCAUCAAUUCCUUAAUAUGUUUGUUUUUAGAAAAAUUCAAUAAGUCAUUUUUGAUAUUCCAUUUUGUUCUAGUUAAUGAGGAUCUAAUUUCUAUUAUUAUAUAG